GGCCUGACAGGAGCAGGUUAAUUGAAUGGGUGAUCUAAAAUUGCAUGCGAACGAGCCACCAUACCGACAGUCCUCAAACUAAACCACAACUAAACAGACUAAAAUGACGAUUUACUUCUUGUAUGAUGGCUCUCAUGUUGGGGAAAAACAAGCAGAUCGGAGUGGGGUCCAUCCAACCACAAUGUGUAUCUAAGUUGGUUUAUUGACCGUGGUCAGAAACAUUAGUUAAGAAUUACUUAAAAAUUAUUUCGAAAAUAUUUGUCAUGAAGAAAUAAUGAGAAUUUGAAGGUUAUCGUAAUUUGGUAACAAGUUUGGUAACAUGCUACCUGUACCUGACGUUGAAACUGAGUCUCAACAACCUCACAGAAUUUUAUACAUAAAAUACAUGCCUUGUAUGUGUUGUAUAUAACAUUCUAGUGAUGGUGGUGAUGAGUGAUGACGUAAUGUUUAUGUUCUCAACCAAAUCAAAACAUCACGUGGCUUGCAUUCUCGCUGAACAAAGAGCAAUGCAGGAGGUUCUGGUUUCUGUAAAUCACUGCACGCUGACCCUAUCCGCUUAGAACCACAUUGGCGACGACCACAAAGGAACCAUACGCACGACGCUUCACAUCGCGACCUCGGCAGGGGGACUACAGAGACAAGAUGGGAGGAGUAUUAGGUGGCAUGAACCCUACUGUGACGUCGGUCAACGACAACAACAGCCCAAACGUCCCAAUAAAUGUUGUUCUCACUCAAGAUGUUUUCGAUCGCUGGGAAGGAAUUGCUGCGGAGAGGGCGACAGCGGCAAAGGAGCAACUUCGACGACAGCAGCAACAAAAAGCAAACCGAGGUUCUCCCAUGGUUGCCGAUGAUAAAGAGACAGUUUUAACACCACCGUGGAGAAUGGAAAGUAACAAUAAAGAUGCGAAUUCGAAAUCGUCAGUAAUUAUUGACUCCCCGAUUGAGCCUCCAUCACAUAACAUAAAAACAAUCGAUUCUGAAGUUAAGGCUUUUCGAGGACUAGAACAACAUGACCUCGGAGGAGGCGAUCAGCACAUUGUCGAGGAUGAAGAAACUCGAAAAAUGUCACCAUUUCCAAUUUCAGUUUACCAACAAGAUGAUCUCUUUCGCCCAAGGCGAGGAGUAGAAGAGUUGAAUCCCGACGAAUACUUGGAAUCAUCUUCACUGUCUCCACCAACUGAUAUUGCUGGGAAGGGCGAUGACUUGGAGACGCCAGCACCGGAGGAGCAUCAUCUAGAUUUCUUGAAAUUGGAUUUGACUCUUUUUGGGCCAAAGUCACCACCCCGAGUUCCUCCUCCGUUUAUUCCAGACGUCAAUGUAGAACUUCCAGAAAAUUUGAAUGUUUUGACGAACAUGGCAAAAGACUGCUUAGCAAAACUUCCCGAAGUUGAAUCUUUAAAAUCUAGCGAUUUCGGCGAGAUUCAUACGGAGAUUGCGGAGAAAUGUCAAAAGGUGAAUCAAUUUUGGACGAAUAAAUUGGAUUCCAAGAUUGGAGAAGAUGCGGCCAAUUUGGAUUCCGAUAUGAUCAACUUUCUUGCAAGGGCGGAACGAGUCAAGCUCCAAAUUCCAGGUCCAGUGCAAAAUUCUUGUGCCAAGUUUUAUGAAAAUAUUGCUCAAUGUUAUAGCCAGAAUAAGAGAGAGGUUUUCAAGUGUCACGAUCUCAUGAAAGAAUUUUCAACCUGCGUUGGUCAAAAUGACUGGUCAGCAAUUGGGAAGCGUCGGUCUCGGUAACUUCUUGUGGAUAUUAGUAACAACUAAACAUUUUUUUUAAUGCAUCUGGAUUGCGAAUAAUUGUACAAUUUUUAUUAAUUGCAACACAUAAGUUGACUCAGAAAUCCCAUUUGUUGAAUUUUGGUUCGUGUACUCUCAUGAUAAUCUUGUAAUUAAUUUGAAUAACUAGAUAACGAUAACUAACAAUCUAGAGUAUCACAAAAUCACUCAUUCUAUUAACGUUAAAUAUAGAUGUCAA